AUCACAGAGGCAGCAUGUUUGUGGGGGGAGAGGAUGAGCUGCUAGGAGGUGAUAUAAAGCUGGCAGCAGGAAGUGCAAGAAGGACCCAGCCUGCUGUGUGUAGAUGAGCUCUGACAAUGGAAGGGACUGUGACAUAUUUGCUGCUGGUCUCUGCCCUAUGCCUGGCUGGCUGUGAAGGCAACAAGAGUGAGCUGGUGAGCCCUCACAGCCUGAGGGAAGGUUUUGCCCUGCGUCCCAAGAGGAAUUCAGACACCUGCCUGCUGAACCCAUGCCAACACCAGGGGGACUGCCAGAUGGUGGAGGACAGACCCAUUUGCAGCUGCAAACCUGGUUUCACAGGGGCGUUGUGCCAAGAUGUUGUACUAAAAUUGGCCUGCGAGGAAGAGCACAUGAAGAUGAUGGUGAGGAAGGAGGUGUUUGAACUCUUGAAAAUCCCCCGGGAACUUGUCCACUUGAAGAACCAGGCAUGCAAGGUUUCAGAAAGGGAAGAAGAGGGCGAGUGGUUUUUUGCAGCCACUCUCACAGGUGAAAAUCACACUGCCUGUGGAUCAAUAAUUCAGCAAAACAGCUCCCAUGUGUCAUACUCAAACGUCAUUGAGUCAGAGCGGGAAGUACACAGGAGUGUGAUCUCCCGGAGUUUUCAACUGGAGGUGCAUUUCUCCUGCGUCUAUGCCUAUGAGCAGGUGGUGAAGGUGCCCUUUGCUCUCACCGCUGUCGACAAGCUGGUGCAGUUCGUGGUCAAAGAAGGGCACUUCAAUGUCAGCAUGAGGCUGUACAAGACUCCUUCCUACCUCCAGCCCUAUCACCCGCCGACCACAGCUAUCCCCAUCACAGACACACUCUAUGCCAUGCUGAAGAUAGAAGGACAGCAUCAGCUCCGAUACUUCCUCCUGAGUGUUGAGGACUGCUGGGCCACGCCAAGCUCAGAUCCCUACCAGGAUGUGCGGCAUGAGCUCAUUGAGCAGGGGUGUCCCCACGACGAAACUGUGACGUACCUGAAUGCCAUAGGAGAGAGCACUACAGCCAAGUUCAGCUUCCAGAUGUUUCAGUUUGUGGGGUACUCCGAGGUGUUCCUGCACUGCCGUGUCCGGCUGUGUCUCCCCGACAGUCCUGAGCCCUGCGCCAAGCAAUGCCCCAGACACUGGAGGAGCAAGCGGGCGCUGGCGGAUGACUACAAUAAGAUUGUCUCCUAUGGGCCCAUCCACCUGCUGGCUGCUCCUUCCUUGGAAGCAGAGAGCCAUCAUUCCAGGGCUGACCACCAGGACAUGCAGGAACCCAGCCUGUGGCUCCCUGGGGGCCUCAUCCUGCUGUGCGUGCUUGGUGUGUUCGCUGUGGCUGCCGCAGCUGUCAGCAUGAGGAGGCAGACGCUGUAGAAAAUGGCUGUUUCCAAAUAAACAUAGCAGUAGCAGAGAAA